AUGGUGAAUUGUUAUGGACAAUGGAAGCCAGUGAUUGCCAUGAUCGGUGUCAAUCUUGCUUUGGCCAUAGUCAAUGUGCUUCUUAAGUUAACUCUGGAUAAAGGAGUGCACAAUCUGGUUGUAGUUACUUACAGGCAGUCCAUUUCUUGUGUCUUCUUGACACCCAUUGCCUUCUUUUGUGAAAGAAAAAGUAGGCCUGAACUUACAGCUCGCCUAAUAUGCAACUUGUUCUUCAGUGCUCUAAUUGGGGUAACAUUCACACAAUACUUAUUUCUUCUUGGACUCCAAUACACCUCGGCAACAUAUGCUUGUGCCUUCAUCAACAUGGUGCCUGUAUACACUUUCCUAUUGGCACUACCAUUUGGUCUAGAGAAAGUAAGCAUUAGGAGCAAGGGAGGGAUAGCCAAGAUCUUGGGUUCUAUAAUAUGCAUUGGUGGAGCUUUGUCAUUGACCUUAUACAAGGGAAUGCCACUGACCAACCAACACACACAUGCUACAGCUGAAAUUGGAAACCAUGAUUAUAUGAUGAGUGCUGCAAAGAAGAGAGAGAGGUGGGCACUUGGUUCAGUACUUUUAGCAGCAGGUUGCCUCUUGUGGGCUUCAUGGUUCCUCAUACAAGCCAAGAUUGGGAAGAGCUAUCCAUUUCAGUACUCUAGCACAGCCAUCUUGUCCUUCUUUGGUGCCAUUCAGUCAGCCAUCUUGAUCUUGCUUACUGAGAGAAGCAUCAACAUGUCAAUGUGGGUUUUGAAGGGGAAUUUGGAAAUAUUAAGCGUCACAUAUGCUGGAGCAGUUGGAUCAGGGUUGUGCUAUGUAGGCAUGUCAUGGUGUGUGAAGCAAAAGGGUCCAUUGUUUACAUCAGCAUUUACUCCCUUAAUCCAGAUAUUCGUGGCUAUGCUCGACUUCUCAACCUUGCAUGAACAAUUCUAUCUUGGAAGUUUGGUGGGAUCUGUCCUAGUCAUAGUGGGAAUGUAUGUUCUACUGUGGGGGAAAAGCAAUGAUGCAAAGGAAAUUGGGAUGAAGCAAACACAAGCAAAUGAAGAAGCUGCAGAUGUCCCUUGAUAUGGAUUCAACAUUAUGUUUUAGUUUUCACCUAUAUGUAGUGUUGUUAAUAGAAACACAACUUACUUGAAGCC